AUGUUUCACACUUCCGAGUGUUUAAUAGACAUCUCAUCGUAUACUUCCAAAGUAUUUAGAGAGCCAGAAAACUGCGACUUUUGCACUAACGUUUCAACUGUUGAUAAAUUAUCAAAAAUAUCUCCAAUAAAUUUUUACGAACAUUACCAGAAACCGGCUAGGCCACUGAUUGUCACUGACGCUAUUGAACAUUGGCCAGCUUCAAAAACCUUUGAGUAUAAAUUUUUCAAAGAACUAUACGAAAAUUUCAAAUUUGAUGGAAGCUCAAAGAAAAACUGUCAGUUUUUUCCUUAUAAAACAAAUUUCAAGAGUUUAUCAGAAGUCUUUCAAAUUUCUGAGAAGAGGGCAAAUUUGGCAGCAGGAGAGAAGUCUUGGUACGUUGGAUGGAAUAAUUGUAACGACAAAGCUGGAAAAAUUUUGAGGCAAUAUUAUUCAAAGCCAUAUUUUCUUGGGAAUCGUACUGAAAACAUAGCCAUGAGUUGGAUUUUUAUGGGUGGGCCUGGACAUGGAGCACAAAUGCACGUUGACAAUGUUUAUUAUCCUUCUUGGCAAGCUCAGUUGCGCGGUAGAAAACUCUGGAUAUUAGCUCCUCCUCCAGAAUGUUGGAACUCUUGUCAAAAGUUAGAAGCUGAAGUGAAAACUGGAGAGACUAUUGUUGUCGAUACCAAUCGCUGGUACCAUCAAACAAUAGUCUUACCAGGGGAAAUAAGUAUAACGAUUGGCUCUGAAUUCGACUAA